AUGGUUAAUAGAGAUCAAAAUGCAGAUGAAGUAAUCCAUAGGGUUAGACAAGUUAACAUGGUGGCUGAAAAUAACCUAACUACCAUGAUCGAAAGAAUCAUGGCCCAAAAUGGCAUGAACAUAGGGCUUCGACGCCCAAAUUAUACAUCUCCUUUGGCAGACUUUGUCUUACAAGCUGAAUUGCCAAGGGGUUGUAAAAUCCUUAAGUUUACAAAAUUUUCAGGGGAUACUAGUGAAUCAAUUGUCGAACAUAUAGCCAGGUAUUUAACUGAGGCAGGGGAUUUGACGAAUAGUGAAAACUUGAGGAUAAAAUAUUUUCCUAGUUCGUUAACAAAGAAUGCAUUUACAUGGUUCACUACUUUGCCACCAAAUUCUAUAUAUGCAUGGCCUUAUCUAGAAAGAUUGUUCCAUGAGCAAUUUUACAUUGGACAGACUAAGAUAAGUCUUAAGGAAUUGGCCAGCAUUAAAAGAAAUUUUACUGAACCUAUAGAUGAUUAUUUGAAUAGGUUCUGA